AUGGCAUAUGAAAUGAGUGAAUAUGAACAACUACAUUUUCAAGCAGUAAACAACGUUCAUGUUACAGAACAAACGCCAGAAACAAAACCAAAUAUGAAUGAUGUUAAGUCAAGAGGUAAUUUGUCACAAGGCAGUACUGCUGAGUACAUUCAAUUAUUCAUGACUCGGAAUAAUAAUUUGCUUCUUGCAUGUCUUUUCAUUUUUUCAGCAAUAUUGUUGUACGGUGUCGAUGGUAGCGAUAAUGUCAUCUUCAAUUUAAAAUUAUUCAUUCUCGAUAUCUGGAGAAAUCUGUGUGCACGUAUGGGUGGAACGUUUGGCUGUUUUCUUGAUGUUCUUCCACCCAACCUUGGAGGUAAAGGGAAUUCAUGUGUAACUACAGACUAUUAA